GUGGUCGCGGCGGUCGCGCGCGCAGUACGUCGUGCGUGUCAUCCGUGGAUCGUCGUCGCGGAAAUCGCUCCGCGAUACUUGUCGCCCCCGCGUACCUUCGUGCCCGUCGUACGCCUACUCCGCGUCGAUAUGACCGCGCCGAGACGGCCGCGGAGGUGCUCGCUAGGAGACGAAUGACUUCGCGGAAAGGUCGCCGGCAACGUAUGGAGAAUAUGGAUACCACGGGCAACGAGACGACGGGGGAGCAGGCCGUUCCCGACAGCACGGUGCCGCGGAAGUCCUGGUCCGAGCUCCGCGCCGUCGUUAGCGAUCUCAGGAGGAAGCUGUCCGGCGUGUCGGCCGGAUCCGUGCCGGGCUCUAUAACUUUCCGCUCGCUUCCGGACGGCCGGACUAGAAUCUAUUUCUUAAGCACGCCGAGUAACGGCUGGGAGACCACUCUUCUGUACGUAGAUAUCGCGCACGCGGAUCACGCCAACGGCUACCGACUGCACUGGCAACCCGUCAUAGAGGCGAAUUUUCAAAGCGUAUCGAGUGCGAACAGACUGUCGAAGGAGGAACAACUGUUGUGGGAAAGGAAAAGACUCGCUACGUGGGGUAUAACCAGUUACGAGAUCCACGCGGAGAGUGGAAAAUUAGUUUUUCCAGCUGCCAGCAGUCUUUAUCAAUGUGUAGAUACUGGAUUUAUGCCUGGACCCCUCUUUCCAUCAGAAAUCAGAAUGUCGACGACUGGGGCAAAGCUGUGUCCUCAGAUCUGUCCCUGGAACAAUGCUUUGAUUGCCCACACAUGUUCAGGGGAUCUAUACCUGUCUCAUAGUAUCACAGGCUCCUCGGUUCGAUUGACUCAUGCUAGGAAAGGAGGCAGAAGUCUCGUGGACGAUCCGCUCACCGCCGGAACUCCUUCCUACGUCAUGCAGGAGGAAUUCACAAGGUAUAUCGGCUACUGGUGGCAACCAAAGUCCAUGUUUGACGGAAUCUACAGGAUAGUAUACGAAGAAGUGGACGAGAGCGAUGUCAAGAUAUAUUGCUUCCCCUCGUCGAAUUCCGAUGAGGUGGACGAAUUUAGAUUUCCUAGAGCUGGUAUGCCGAACGCUAGGAGUAACUUGAAAAUGGUGCAAUUUCGUCUGACAGAGUCGUUGCAUAUCGUCGAUAUAGAAAUACUAGAGCUGCAGUAUCCACUUCACAUCAUGUUCCCAUGGAUGGAAUACAUGGUGAGAGUCGGAUGGACUCCGGAUGCUCAAUACAUCUGGGUGCAACUGCUGGAUAGAAAGCAGCAGAAACUCGAGUUGGUCCUGUUGUCGAUAGACAACUUUUGCGAACCACCACCGAACACGUACAAUACGGAAAACCAUUUCACCCCCACGUCACCGAACGUUCAAGUGAUAUACUCGGAGCAGAGCCCGAUUUGGAUCAACGUCAACGAUCUAUUGUACUUCUUAAAGUCCGACGACGCGAACGAAGUCAAAUUUAUCUGGGGAAGCGAGGAAUCCGAGUUCCGACAUUUGUAUCUUAUAACGUCCAGUAUAGCAGGCUUGAGUAACGGAGUGGAAGAACCUUUGGAUAGAAUGGAUAGUAUAUUUCUUCGACCACGUAUCACUUCCAAGGUAGCUCUGACCCAGGGCGAUUGGGAGGUGUUAGGGAAGAAAAUAUGGAUUGAUGAAGUCAAUUCUAUCGUCUACUUCUGCGGGUUACGGGAAGGGCCACUGGAGCAACACGUUUACGCGGUUUCGCUGCGACGGCCGCUAGAAAUACGGCUACUGACGCGGCCUGGCUACAGUUACAACAGUAUAUACUUUAACAAAGAGUGUACAAUGUUGGUCACUGUUUAUAGUUCCAUUAAAACGUUGCCUACUUGUCAAGUAUUUAAAAUAUCACAAACCGAUUGGACAGUGGAGAGCAUAUCGCUCACGCCUGUAGGCUAUCUCUUAGAACCGUCUGUGCCCGAAUCCGAACUGUUUGCGCCAGAGAUUUUCACGCAUAAAAUCAAGUCGGGGGAUACGGUCUAUUCGAUGAUAUUUAAGCCUCAUAAUUUUCAACCUGGGAUCAAGUAUCCCACGAUAUUGAAUGUUUAUGGAGGACCCGAAGUACAACUUGUAUCAAACACAUUUAAAGGUUUAAGACAUUUACGAAUGCACAUGUUGGCUGCUCAAGGCUAUUGCGUAGUUUUAAUAGACUCUCGCGGAUCGCAGCAUAGAGGUCUAGUAUUUGAGAGUCAUUUGCGACGUAGGAUGGGAACGGUAGAGCUGAACGACCAAGUUGAAGUAUUGAAAUGGCUGACAGAGACUACUGGAUACAUUGAUCUAAAUCGAGUGGCUCUUCACGGCUGGUCUUACGGUGGAUACUUAAGUCUAAUGGGUUUGAUACAGUAUCCCGACGUAUUCAAGCUGGCCAUUGCUGGUGCUCCGGUUACCUCGUGGAACUUUUACGAUACCGGAUAUACCGAGCGUUACAUGGAUCUGCCACAGAACAAUCUUCACGGUUAUAUGGCUGGAUCGGUGCUGACAUAUGUAAACAAGUUUCCCGACGAAGAGAACCGUUUGCUGAUCAUUCACGGUCUCAUAGACGAAAAUGUACAUUUCUACCACACUAGCCAGUUGAUCAAUGCUCUUGUGAAGAUCGGUAAACCGUAUCAGCUGCAAGUUUAUCCUAACGAGAGGCAUAGUCUGAGAAGCCUGGAUGCCAGCAAACAUUAUGAAACGACCCUGUUGUCCUUCUUGCAGAAUCAUUUAUGAACUCUUAUUUUCGUUUUUUUUUCCUUACAUUGUUAGUUCGAUAAUAACCGUUCCUCCAAGCAAGAUUUUGCGAGUUUGAGUAACUGCCAUUAAUUUAUGUACACACUUAAAAGGAAGGAAUACUUUCAAGUGAUCAGAUAUGUGUACAGAUACUAGUUUCUGUAUAAAAGUGUGCCUCUACAAGGCUUUUAAGAUAGUAUUUUAAAAAUAUUAUAUA